AUGUAUAACUUAAUAAUAAGGCGGUUUUGCACGAGUAUUAUUGCAGAAUGUACUAAUGGCGCUGUUAAAACCAACAAUAAUAAACUAAUAAAGAAUAUUAAACGAGACAAUAGCCUGUUAAAUGGUUUAAAAAACGAUGAAUUGGUAAAUGUGUACUAUAUUAUAAAUAAACAUAAAAUUAAUGUUAAUAAUAAUCUAAAUAAAUUGCUAUUAAGUAAAUUAAUUUCAAACUUCGGAGAUUUAAAUACCAUAAACAAGUUGAAACUGCUAAAUUCACUUUAUUUAAAUAAUAACAACAGUAUAAACUUAAAAAAUAACUUUAAUGUGAACAAUGUUAACUCAAUAAGUAAGAAUCUGUUCAACAGCGAUACAACAACUGAUAACUCUGAGUUACUACAAAGUUUGAAUAAUGAAAACAGUUCUAAAAAAAGGAGGAAUUUGGUGAUUGAAUACAUAAAAACGUAUUUUUUGAACCACCUCGAGGACCUAAACAACAUCAGAUAUCUAUGUAAUUUUAUCUUUUACAUCAGUUCGACCGUAAACAACUUUACGCUGUCGAAUUACAAACUUCUAGUCCAACGUUUAAACACAUUGUUGGUAAAUUCUACCAACAAAUACUCAAGUAACAUAGCUAUUGGGGAUGAUGUGAUAAGAGUCGAAGGCAUAAUACAACUAUUGUGGUCUUUACAAAAGAACAACAUCUACCACAACCAACUAUUAAAUAACCUGAAUCAAACGUUUGAAGAAAUAUUGAAGUCUGGACUAGGCUGUGUAACAUUAGGCCACAUAUCACUGUAUUGUAACAGUUUGUUGUAUUUUAACAAAUUGGACAGUGAUAUGAUGAAAUCUGUGGUUUCUUACAUAAAAUCAAACAGUCUACUGGAUAAUGUUAAAGACGGAGAUUUUAUCAAAUUAGUUAACAUUGUUUGGUGCAUCUGUAUCAAUGACUCUAAUAAUAUUGAGAGCCAAGUUCCCACUGUAACUGAGUUGUUAGAAAGGGUAGAUUGGGACAAAUUCAAGUCAUUGUCAAGCUUUAAGGAUCUGCGGAAGAUGAACCAAGUACUCACAAUUGUUGGAGACCACCUGAGUUCGGGAAACUCUGGCCUUGGACCCUUGCCCAGUGACGUGAUCAACUUAAUAAUUCAAAGUUGCAGCAACAACAUAGAUUACAAGCUGAACUCAAAAACGCAGGACAAGUUCAGAAGAAUUUUGCAGAAUUUAAACAUAAGCUUUAAGUCUGAACAUGCAAUCAACAAUGAUAUUGUAGUGGACUUUUUAAUCCUAGACAACCCUGAUGAAGCUGAGAUGGUUUCACGUGAUAUUGAACAAGACCGUGGGAACUGUAAUGUGGUAAUUGAAAUUGAUGGCCCUUAUCACUAUAAUAUACUUCUGGACGAGCAAAAUUGUGAUGGUGAAGGUAUAAUAAGGUACGGGAAUAUAAAUCUAAGAUUAAAUGGCAAGACCAUUUAUCGUAAUAACAUACUAAGCAAGCUGGGAUAUAAACUUGUAUCCAUACCCUGGUUCGUAAUACACCAGUACAACAAUGACAAUGUGUACAAUUAUGUUAAAGAUGUACUUAAACAGUAUAAUGUUAAUUUUAAACCUUAA